GGCACGCGUGGACUCCUCACGCGCGAGCAGCCGCCGACCUCAUUCCGAUUGCACGUGAGAUCCACGCCAACUUGGCCUAUGCGCCGCUCAACGAACUCCCAUUUUCCACCACAUGGCCGAGCUCCCACCGCCUAGGCUGCACCGAUCUAUCCCUCUCCUCCUCCAAACUUCUUUGCGUCGGCUCUCAACUGCCGUGCCCCGCCGGAUGCAGUCCCGUUUGAUGCAACUAUUCUUGGGGAUCACCAAGUCUGACCGGUGGAGCGACGGUGAAUUAAAUCAGUGCAUGUCGCGGUGCUCUAGGUUUGGUGUUUCGGUCGUUGUGGAUGGAGACGGGGCGUGGUGUGGUGGAGCUGAGCAUAUGGUUGGGAUGAAGUCUGGAGUGGUGGAUGGAAGGAGUAGGUAGCUGGAACGAGCCGGUGAUGGUAAUUUGUACGAGAGGAGCAGGGUAUGGGGCGGCGCCAAUGGUUGCUCCAUAGCGAAGCACGGACUUUAUCCUAGCAACUUCCUAUAAAGAGAGAGCCUCCACCCCCAUCGCAAGACACAACGGUUUUCACCACAUACCCCUUUUCCGUAACUAGAAGAGUGCUACGUUUUUUUCCUAUGGCGUUCGUGUCUUGCAUUGGGUUCUCCGGCCCUGUUGCCUUCCGUGCCCGCGGCUGCAGCCUCGCCCUGGCAGGCAUGGCCCCGGUCAGUGGCGUCACACUCGCCGUGCAGGCAGGUAUGGGUCCUGUUUCCGGCAGCCCACUCAUCACCCUGGUCGGAGCGGGGACUGGCGCCAUUGGAGGUGGCAACCGGGGGGCUCCGGCAGGCCGCGGAAGCGACUUGCUGUCUGCACGCCUCGUUCCCUCCAGCGCCGUGGCAACUCCGGGCAAACGCAAGGCCAUCUUCGCUUGCAGAGCAACGGGUCUCGACGGAGACGACUACCCCCAGCGCGAUCUUGAAGCGAAGCUUUCCGUUCCCGAGUUGCUUGAUGUGCUUGCCAAGAAAACCUUGGUUCUACUGGACAGUGUUUACUUGCCUAAGCCCCAGGAUUACGUCGUCGAUCAGGAUCGGCCAUCUGUCUCGAGCGAGAUUGGAGCUAUACAGGCUGGGUUAAAGGAGUUGGUCGAGGAGCUCAGUGAAACACCAAUCUCCUUCCUUCCGGCAGCCAUAAACCUGGUGGGGCUCCACGGCCGCAUAUACAACUUGUUCACCUUCUGCCGCCUUCAGACAGAGUGGCCCAUUUACAUCCUCGACGCCCCAACGUCCCUGGAGAUGAUCACCAAGGAGACCCUCCGGCGCACGAUGGCCAACACGGUCGAGUUCUACACAGAACUCCAGAAGCAGCCCAACAAGGAUAUCUGUGAACUUACUGAGGAAGGACCGGAAGGUGAGGAAACCUUAUCAGACCUCUUGGUUAUUCUAGUCAAGAAGACGACUCUCCUCUUGAAGGAGAUACCGAGAAUUCUGGUGCCAUCAGUGCAUCAUGCCAUGAGUUUGCCCUUGCGCAAUUUUAUGCAAUCGGCAACCUUAUGUGAGCUGGAUGAGUUACAGGAGAUGUGCGACGUUCUCCGCGAGAAGGCGGGCACCCCAGAUAUCCUCGACCAAGUGGCGUUCGGCACUUUCCUUGGGCUGGACGGACGCCUCCGCGAUCUACUUUUUGUGGUGGUCACUCGGUGCUUCCACGACGGGAAGUUUGAUGAUUCCCCACUCCAGGAUGGCACACUCGAGUCGGCUUACAAGAGUUCCCUUGAGAGGUCUAUGUCCGAUGUGCGGGACUGCCUCAAGGAUUACGUGAAGAAGGAAACGGAGUAGGGGGCUGCCGAGUAAGGUGAAAACAAGGCCGCGACCUAGGCUGGAAUUACUGUGCCGUUAUAUAUAUACUCGUAUUGUCUAUUUUGCGUAAGCCUACCUCCAUGGCUGGACCUGGCGGAAUCAAUCUUAAUACUAUCGUAUUCAACGAAAUACAAAUUUAAGGUAGCUGGACAUGAAACCGUUCUCCAGCAGGUGGAUGUGAAUGGUCUUUGAGGUAGAGUAAUCCAUUGUAUUCUUACAGGAACUACAUGGACAAUAGAUGAAACCAUUCGACUGUCUGUUUGCCUCAGCCACGUUGAGAAAAUAAUACAUGCCAUUAAUGAAGUCGGGA